UACUCCCUGGGUCAGCAAGUCACAAGCUGAGAGGGUCUGAGGAUCUUUCAAAUAUUUUGAAAGAUUAAAUAUUGGUCAGUAAUGUUUUCAUGCACCAAUAGUUUACUAUGUUCGGUAGUUAUAGAUAGCAAGAAGGCUUAAAUACGAGAUUCACUCCGCAGACAUUGCAUGCCCUUUGUGGUCAGUCAACUUGUUUGUUAUCUCUUGGACGAAAGAAUAAACGAUCGACAAAUCUAAUUACUUGGACGAAAGAAAGUUAUCUGUAAACAAAUAAAAUAGCUUCACGAUUCGAGUGCAACUCAGAGAAACUUCAAGGACCAGGCAAAAUGGCUGACGACGACAACCUGGACCUUUUGCUCUCUAUGUUCGAUGAGAGUCCGGAAGAGCAGGGCACAUCAGGAGGUGGUGAGGACAACUUUGACGACCUGUUUGAUAAUGAAAAUGAGGGUGAGGGCUAUGUGGAGCCAGAGGAAGAAGCAGCUGAGGAGACUGAAGAACCAGAGGAAGAAGAAGACUCUCACAAUAGAUCCAAGGAAGAUUUGGAAGCCGAGUUGCGACGCAUGCAGGAAAAGAUGCAGAAGCUGCAGGAGCAGCUUCAGGCCUCUCAGGGUGGUGGCAGCGGCAUCAAAAUCCCUCCUCCCAAACCGAAAAACACCACCAGUGCCUCCACUUCUAAACCAAAGGGAGCCUUCACCUCUACACCAACAAACAGUACUGCUGUUACAUCUUCCCCAGCCCCGAGGGCCACCAAAACAGCUCAAACUACUGCUGCAACUAAGCCAUCUCCAACUACUGCUGCAACAAAGCCAUCUCCAACUACUGCUGCAACUAAGCCAUCUCCAACUACUGCUGCAACUAAGUCUUCUCCACCUCUCACUGCAACCAAGGCAUCUCCACCUACCGCCGCUUCAUCAACCAAAAAGCCAAGGGCUGCACAUCAGCCUAAAGCAGGAGGCUCUUCACAAAUUCAAAGCCCAUCAAGCAAGAGUGGGGUUGCCAGCUUUUACCAACCAAUAGGAAACCUGAGCAAGGUCAAUAACAUACUAAAGUCACCACCUCCUUCAGGAAGUGCCCAGCCACCAACACGUCAGGGAACACCCCGACCCACCCCGACAACUCAAGAUGUUGCCGUGGAAAAGUUCUCAGGCCUCAGAUUACGGAAACCUCGUAUCUCUUCCAUAGACAUUGAGCACAAAAUGUCGGGCCGCAAAUUGAUCCAGCUCUCUCAGUUGCCUGAUAAGCUUGCCCGUGACAAUCUGGAGGAUAGUGACUGGGUGACAUUUGCAGUGCUGGUGAACAAGAUAACGCCACAGAGCAAGAAAAAUGGCAAGACUUUCAGCAUCUGGAAGCUGAAUGACCUCCAUAACCUGGAAGUAUAUGUGUCUCUCUUCCUGUUUGGGAAUGUGCACACAGAACUUUGGAAGACUGAUACUGGCACGGUCUUUGGCAUCCUAAACCCAAACCAACUGAAGGACAAAGAGGGCUCCAACUCUAACGAGGUCAGUCUGACGAUAGACCACCCUCAGAAGGUCCUUAUGCUGGGGGAGGCCAUGGACUUUGGGACCUGCAAGGCCAUGAAGAAGAACGGAGACCCAUGCACACAACUCGUCAACAUGUACAAGUGUCAGUAUUGUCAGUACCACGUCCAAGCCCAGUACAAGAAAUUGAGCUCCAAGAGGGCCGAGCUUCAGUCCAGUUUCACGGGGACCACCCCUAAGGGACGUGGGAGGGGGAAGGGCAGUCUGAGAGAGAGGCUCUGUCAGAGUGACUUCCACUACGCCGGCAUGUCCUCAUUGGCUUGUGCACCCAAUGCUAAUGGCACACAGCCUAAGAAGCCUUUCCAGUCCACACUGAACAACAUUGUGCUCCGAUCCCCUGCGGUGCCACCAAAUAGAUUAGCUCUUCAGUCAGCUGAGGUAUCUGGGUGCUCCGAUGACUUUAAAGGCUUGUUGUCCCAGCCAACACCUGGGGCACUCAACAUCAAGAAGCACUUAGGCCAAGCCAAGGCCGCAGUUCCUGGAUCAUCGGUCCAGUCUAUCUCUGCAAUGGACCUCCUGAAGCAGCAGAAGGCUAUGCAUAAGGAGAGAAUGCUCAACAGACAGAAGAGGGCGCAAGAGAUCCAACAGAGGGUUUUGCAGAACAGUGGAAAGGCUACACCUCUUGCUCGACCGCUGUCCAAUGGGACGGGGAUCCUGUCACAGAAACCCCUCCCCCUGCCAUCACCCCGCCUCUCCGACCCGACCACACCCACUCUGGGGAGGGGCAUCAGUGAGGGAGAAGACAUCUUAUUUGAGCUGUCUCCGCCUCCUCCCUCUAGCAGCCAAUCAGCUGCAAAGAUGGCAGCUCUUCGGAAGCUUCACUCCAAAGGGGCGGCCAUCACCAAGGACGACCCAAACGCUGUGAAGCGCAAGCGUGUCAGCAGCAGCGACAUCGCCGCCCGUGUGGAGAAAAACCGAAGCUCACCGGAGGGGGGCCAAAACUCGGCUGCAGGAGAGGAGGAGGAGCCAGCUCAGAAGAAGAGGCGGGCUCAGCUGGAGUAUGUCCAAUCAGAGGAGUUCCAGCGGCUCUUGAAUGCUAAGUCCAAGUUCUCCUGGCUGAUGGGAGAGAUGGAGGUGAAGGUCAUGCAGGACUACUUUGAGCCACUGGUGCAGAAGGAGCAGCUGGAGGAGAAGAUGAGGAGCAUCAGAGAGCAGAAGUGCAGAGCAGUCACCUGUAAAUCGUGCAAGUACACACACUUUAAACCUGCGGACCGGUGCGUGCAGGAGAACCAUGACUACCAUUGGCACGACGCCCACAAGCGCUUCUUCAAGUGCCCGUGUGGCCAGCGUAAGAUCAGCCUGGCACGGAUACCCAACGUGGCCUGCAGCAACUGUGGCCAGUUUAAAUGGGAAAGGGACGGCAUGUUAAAGGAGAAGAACGGGCCGAAGAUCGGUGGUGAACUUCUCAUGCCCCGUGGGGAGGAGCAGCCCAAGUUUCUCAACAGCAUGAAAUAAGGACCCGUGCGGCCCUCUCCACACAUAGGUACCACCACCCGACAGGUGUCCACCAGAUUACAGGGCUGACCAGCACGAGUCUGUCCUGUGGGACUCAAGUGACCAGCUCACACUCACACAGGUGCUACCACAGUCGGCCAAACACAGGACUUUAGCAUUGGCCACCAUGAAUCUGGCUUCUGGACCUGUAGUGGUCAAAACCUCUCCACAUGUAAAUACAACAUUCAGUCGGGUCACUUGACGGAUGGCUGUCAAGAAUGUUGCAUCUGAACCUGUAGUGGUCAGAUUCUCUCCACACGUGUCUGACAUGAAUGUGACUCGAAAACAUGAAUGUUACUUUUUUUGUUUUUAACAUUAUCGCGGGCUCUGCAACUCCUCUUGUGGAACUGUUGUGGUCAAUACCUCUCCACAUGUAUGCUGUGUCUUUACAUGUAUACAUGUAAACAGUCACCCAAUAGACUGCCAUCUCUGGCCAGCAUGGCUACACUGUAGCUUACAGGCUUGCAGUGGUCAUGUUCUGCCUGCAGAGUCUCCGCUCCCGCUGGGGGGGAAAUCUGUUGACUCUCAGACUCAGCGUUCUUCUCACGCCAAGACUCCUGAAUGAGACUCGAGUGAGCGGCAUGACUGCACAGGAGUCUGGACGUCGGCCAGCAGGUCGGUUAAGGUCCUGUUUGCGAUGAAAACAAGCUCGACCCGCUGGCUUGGUGACCGUGGCAGCAGCUGGGCAUUCCUGCCGCCGUCUGACCUCUCCCCACCCAUGGUAGUCUGUGGUCACCUAUGCCAGUCUGAACCUCCUGGUGCCAGUGUAUGCCCACCUACACCAAGCUGACCUCCCCUGCGCCAGUGUGUGCCCAGCUAUGGCAGUCUGACCUAAUCAAAGCCAGUCGUACUCCAUUACCAGUCUAUUCCUACUUACACCACUCUGACCUCUUUGAUGACAGUCUAUGCCCAUCUAUGCCAGGCUGACCUCCCUGUGCUAGUCUAUGCCAACCUAUGCUACUCAGACAUUCCUUAAGCCAGUUGAUACCCCCGUAUGUCAGGCUAAUCUCCCUUUGAGCCAGGCGAUCACCUAUGAAAGUCUGACCUCCGCAAAGCCAGUCAUGUCCCAUUACCAGUAUAUGCCCACUCAUGGCAGUCUGACCUUGAUGCUAGUCUAUGCCCAUCCAUGCCCUACUGUGAGAGGAAUAUAGUCACUAGAGGAAGAACGGUGGAUGUACCUGUAUUGUGUUUUGAUGUAUUAUUUUAAAGUUUUAUGAUUUUAUUUGAAAAGAAACCUCUUUUAUUGUCUUUUUAAUGUUGUCUUUGUGUCACAUUGUAUGGGAAGAUUGGAAGUGUAUUAAACUAUUUUGUAAGAUA